CAUCUCCCUUUCUGCUUUUUGCCAACCGGCGGGAUGUUCGACUUGUGGAUGCUGGAGGCACGAAGCUGGAGUCCACUGUGGUAGUCAGUGGUUUAGAGGAUGCUGCUGCGGUUGACUUCCAGUAUUCGCAAGGCAUCGUUUUCUGGACAGAUGUGAGUGAAGAAGCCAUCAAGCAAACUUACAUUAACCAAACUGGGAAUGUGGUGCAGAAUGUCAUCAUUUCUGGUCUGGUUUCCCCGGAUGGCCUGGCAUGUGAUUGGAUUGGGAAGAAACUUUACUGGACGGAUUCAGAAACCAAUAGGAUAGAAGUAGCUAAUCUCAAUGGAACAUCUAGAAAAGUCCUCUUCUGGCAAGACCUUGAUCAACCCAGGGCAAUAGCUUUGGAUCCUGCUCAUGGGUACAUGUAUUGGACCGACUGGGGGGAAACACCCAGAAUAGAACGGGCAGGAAUGGACAGCAGCACGCGAAAAAUAAUUGUCGAUUCAGAUAUUUAUUGGCCAAAUGGACUCACGAUAGAUCUCGAUGAGCAGAAACUUUACUGGGCUGAUGCAAAACUGAGUUUCAUUCAUAGGGCAAAUCUGGAUGGUUCCUUUAGGAAGUCUCCUGUUAAAGUGAUAGUGGCAGUUUACAGCUCACUGUGCUGUAUUGAAGUGUUCACAUCAAUAGCAAAGGAAAUGAUACCGUGCGUGAUGUUCUCCACAGGUGCCGAAGAAGUCUUGCUGCUUGCUAGAAGGACUGACUUGAGGAGGAUUUCCCUGGACAUGCCGGAUUUCACUGACAUUAUUCUGCAGAUAGACAAUAUCAGACACGCAAUUGCUAUAGACUACGAUCCUGUGGAAGGCUACAUCUACUGGACUGAUGAUGAUGUCCGGGCAAUUCGUCGGGCCUACCUUGAUGGCUCUGGUGCACAGACUCUGGUAACCACAGAAAUCAACCAUCCGGAUGGUAUUGCUGUGGAUUGGGUGGCGAGGAACCUGUACUGGACUGAUACUGGGACAGACCGCAUUGAAGUGACCCGGUUGAAUGGGACAUCAAGAAAGAUCCUUAUCUCAGAAAACCUAGAUGAACCUCGAGCAAUAGUGCUCAAUCCUGUAAUGGGCUAUAUGUAUUGGACGGACUGGGGUGAAAGUCCGAAGAUAGAAUGUGCUUAUUUGGAUGGCUCAGAAAGGCGAGUUCUGGUGAAUACGUCCCUAGGUUGGCCUAAUGGCUUGGCACUGGAUCUUGAGAAAGACAAGCUUUACUGGGGAGAUGCAAAAACAGAUAAAAUUGAG